AUGGGGGAAUCUGAGCCAAUGUUUCCUCAACACCCGACCUUGCGCGACGACGACGAUCUCGAUAUUGAACCCGAUGAACUGCUCUACUCGCUUGAGAUUGUCCAGCAACCAUUGCGCGCUAGAAUGUGCGGUUUCGGAAAUAAGGAUCGUCGGAACAUCACACCAGCACCAGUCUUGAAAUUGAUUGCCAGACUGCCAGACGGACGGAUUGUUCCAGCAAGUCAUUUAGGCAAGCAGUCGUUCGUGGUGACGGCGGACCUUUGGCUGGAAGAUGAAGUGACAGACCGAAACCUUGUGCUUGUCUCGUCCAUACCUUCCUCAAGGACAGCAGCGUACACGCAGCAGCAACAUGCGGCCCAAUCACAGGAGUCACAACAAGAUCAUCUGGACAUACAGCAACAAUCAAUUGCACGCGCAGCAGGAGCAAAGGAAGGAGGAGACGGGGCAGGACCGGGAGCAGCAGGACUCGCAACAACACCAACAACCACAUCCGCACCGGUGUCGAUCACCAAACUUAACGAAGCAACUCAACGAGAACCCAACAACGUCGUCGAAAGUAGUGACCCUUCCACUCCGACAUCAGUCUCUUCAACAUCAUCCACUCCAUCGUCAAAAUCCUUACCCCGAGCGAUCAGGACGCCCUCCAAAGUGUCACGUACUAGAGGCAACAAGCCUUAUGCUCAUCAAAUGGAGGACGACAAAGGAAUGGAGCCUUCUCACUACGAUGAGAAGGACGCUGACAUCGAUGAGGACGAGCGAAACGAAGAUAUCGAUUUGGAUGAUGAUGCAGCAGCCUAUCACAGUGACGACGCCAGAUACGUCGACAACGAUCUCCACGAGUUGAAGGAGUUGGAGCGGAAGGCAUGCGAGACAGGAAGGACGGAGCUGUCGACUCGUAACCUGGUAGGACAGAUUGCUGUCUGUGGUCAAAUUGCGCUAGGACUAAACGAGGACACGACCCAUAUCUGGUUUGCCUUCAGCAUACUCUCUAUCCGCACCGAGGGGUUUUUCAAGAUUCGCUUUUGUCUUUCGGAUCUCCAGAGGAUUCCCGAGUAA